UCCGGUGAGGUAUAAGGAGGGAAAAUCUAAACAUUCUGUCAACCCCCUUGCUAGCCACUUCUUUCUGUCGCCUACAGGUAUAUUUGAAGCGAAAAUCGUCAUAGUAUUUUGUCCAGAGCGAGAAAAUGCAGAGGACCUCCCGUCUGAAGCGCGAGUUACAGCUGCUUAGCAUGGAGCCUUCACCGGGGAUCACUUGCUGGCAGACCGAGGGGAAGAUGGACGAGCUCCGGGCCCAAAUAGUGGGCGGAGCUGAGACUCCGUUUGAAGGAGGAGUCUUCUCACUGGAGAUCAUAGUUCCAGACAGGUAUCCGUUUGAACCCCCUAAGAUGAGAUUCCUGACCCCCAUCUACCACCCCAACAUAGACAACAAUGGUCGCAUCUGUCACGACGCCCUCAAACUACCACCCAGGGGUGCGUGGAAACCUUCACUGAACAUCUCCACAGUGCUCACCUCCAUACAGCUGCUGAUGGCUGAACCCAACCUUGACGACCCACUCAUGGCUGACAUAUCUUCAGAGUUGAAGUACAGCAAGCAGGUAUAUCUGGAGAAGGCCAAGAGAUGGACGGAGAAACAUGCUGUACAGAACAACAAGGGUGGUGUGGUGGAGACCGUGGACAGUGCCGAAGCUCAGGUCCAGCCGCCGGCCCUGAAGAGACAAGCUCAGGACAAGACAGAGGAACACCCCAAGAGAACGUGUCUGUAGCGCGUCACACAUUUUGUGCUCUGCCCCGUUGUGUUGGGAACAGUAAUUUACUUCACUUUGUCUUUUAAGUGUUUGAGAUUUUCCCUUUUUAUAUAGUUAUGUACAGACUAAGGCUGGGAUUCAUUCAUAGCAAUGUUUAGGCAGUGUCUUUAUUUAGUAUUCAGCUCACACACUUGUUAUUCUGAGGAGUGAAAGCAUACCUGUUGAGAGGGGUCGACCUGGUAGUAGUUGUCGGUUUUAAUACAGUACCCAGGUCCAAUGUAAUGUCAUGCUGCUUACUCCAAAUAGAUUCUUCUUUUCUUAUUAAAAUAUGUUUUGAAGCUAA